AUACGGAAAUUGAUUGGAUUGCAUACAUGCAGGAAGUUAAUAGCUUCUUGAAUGGAACCCUAGACUAUGACAAGAUUGAAGGCCAAACUGGGCCUUGUGUGUACGAUGAAAUUUUGACAAAACACGGAACGGAUAUACGCUUGGCACAAUAUAUAUUUGUCGCUUUAUAUCUUUCAACUCUGGUCCUUGUCUUUAAUUUGUAUCGCCUUUCAAGACGUGUACCGCCAUAUGCAAUACUACUCAUGUGUUGCAUUUCAUAUCGUAUUCACUCAAUAUAUAUGUUGCGAUUAUUUAAUGAUCCGUUUGCCAUGCUUAUGCUCUAUGCUUCAAUCAAUGCCUUUGUUUAUGGUCGUUAUAGCUUAUCCAGUGUUCUUUUAAGCAUAGCAGUUUCGAUCAAGAUGAAUAUUCUUCUUUUCGUCCCUGGUUUCAUCACAAUACUGCUUGAAUAUCGAGGAAUCAUUGAAACUACAGGCCACCUGGCUGAAUGUGGUAUAGUUCAGCUUCUUCUCGGAGCUCCAUUCAUCUUUCACAACAGUGGAGCCUAUUUUGCCAGUGCUUUUAAUUUCGGCCGUCAGUUCAUGUACAAAUGGACCGUCAAUUGGCGUUUAAUCCCUGAGCACCUCUUUUUGGAUCAUAGGUUCCAUAUGCUUUUGCUGGCACUCCACGGCAGUUUUCUUCUAUGUUUUCUUAUAAAAUAUGUAAAGGCUAAAGGAGGAAUUCGCCGCUUCCUAAAACUUGGCUCUUCUGGUGAUGUCAUCCUAGAUACAUCAAGUAGGCCUAAAUAG